CGUCUGCUUGAUUUGGUCUGCCAAGAGCACCCCUGGUUGCGCCGACAGCUGUUGGCGGUGUAUCGCCAGCCGAAAGAGUCAUGGAGCGCAUCACGCGAGGCAGGAAAAAAAGUGGUGAAACACAGCAGGCAAAGAGGGCACGGGUUCAAGGUUCGCCGAGUGUAUCAGAGGUACACAGCAUCCAAUUGAUGUCUGCAUUCCCUCGCAGAUCAACGUUGCACGGGCAUCUGGACAGAGGCAAGCAGCGGGCUGUGGCCGAAGACGAUUGGACACCGCACUCACUCUUUGACCUCGGCCGCGGUCAAGGCGGGACCGAGCCUGCCAAAUGUCCUUCUCCAUCUUCAACCCUCGGCUUCUCGUGGUCAGCCUGGGCAACCCGGCGCCUCUGCACGAGACCUUUCACUCGGCUGGCCACAUAGUCCUCCGCGCCCUGCAACCCUUGGUAGAAGCACAACCUCGCUUCACUUCCGACCGGUUCGGCAAGAAGACGACCGACAUAUCGCUUGGCGACAAGUACAUGCUCGUGACCUCGCCCUGCUCCAUGAACACCACCGGCCCCUGGCUGGCUCAGGCGUGGAAGCAGGCCCUGCAGGACAACCACGACCAGCGGCAACUCGGCCUUGUGCUGCUGCAGGACGAGCUGGAGCUGGAGCUGGGUGAUGUGCGGACAAGGACAUGGGACAGCAGCCACAAGGGCCACAAUGGCAUCAGGAGCUCACAGGCCAGCCUCAAGCCGUCGGCUUACCCUGAAAACUCGAAGUGGUGGACGCGUCUCCGUGUCGGAAUCGGCCGCCCUGCCCAGCGGGACAGGGCUAGCGUCAGCAACUACGUCCUAGGUGGGAUGAGCGCAUACCAGAAGUCGCUCCUGAGGGAGAAAUCCGCCUCAGGUGCGCUACGCUGUUUGGAGGAGCUGGAGGCCCAGUGGCGCCAACAGUGGGAAAAGGAUAGCCGCGCGUCCGAGCGGUAACAAGGCGAACAUAAUCUCGCGCUGCGGCUAGGAUAUGCUACGGAUCUCGGUAUCCUAAAACUGCUUCCACACGAGGCUGAGCUAUUCCACUAGGUAGUGGAUGAACACGCCCUAGCACAUUCCUAUGCAAUACUCUAUCACUCUACCUCCAACAUCGCCACUGCGACAACUAUAUCAUGUUACCAGCCAUCGGCAUACUGUCACUGCAGGCCUGGGAUGAGGCAAAUGGGCGUGAUCGAAUGUGUACGGUCGCGCUGCCGAAGGGAUGGACACCGAUAAUUUGUCCGGUUAUCUGCCGCGGGCAGCCUGAAUACAAGUCCACGAGGGGGGGG